UGGCCCUCUCGCUCUCCGUAUGUCGUCAUGAACAUGGCGGCUGCCGUCCGUUGCGGGGUGACUCCGAGUUGUUUAAUAAAAUGUUUCUUCAGACCAACUGGAAAAACGAGACGAGGCCUCCGGCUGCUCACAGACUCAGAGGACCACCGUUUUCUACGGAGAUCACAUCUGCACACAGUUUCCGAGUGCAUCACCAGGCCUCUGUUGGGCCGGACAAAGCACAAGAAAUCUUUCUGGGUCAGCGCCGUGGCUGUCAGGCACAACAGCUCACAGAUCCCACCUGAUGCUGGAAAUGUGUCAGUCUCUGAAAGUCCUCCAAUCACAGAUUCCUCCACCAUCACGCUGCCUUCUGACUCCACCCCUGUCACUGCCCAGCCAAUCACUGAACAGAUUAAACUGGAAGCAGCUUCUGCUGUUCAACCAGCUUCCUCUGCUCAGCCUUCGGUCUUGGAUUCACCUCCUGACCUUUUGCCCUUUGACAUCACCUCGGUCCUACCACACACAGCUGUUGAGCAGGUGACUGAGGCUCUGCCCACUGCAGUGGAGGUGCUGCAGGCUGCAGGAACAGAGCCCACUUUAGCAGAGCUCGGCCUAGCUUCCUACACACCAGUGGGACUAAUCCAGAACCUUUUGGAGAUGAUUCACGUGGACCUGGGUUUGCCCUGGUGGGGGGCCAUCAUUGCAGGAACCGUGCUGGCCCGUUUGGCCAUGUUUCCUGUCAUCGUGAAGGGCCAGAGGGAGACGGCCAAGAUGAACAACGUGCUGCCUGAGAUGACCAAACUCACCGAGAGGAUGAAUGACGCCAAGCGAAGUGGAAACAAAUUUGAGUUUGCCAGGGCGUACUCCGAUCUGAUGCUCUUUCAGAAAAAGCACGACGUAAGUCCUCUACGGGGCUUCCUGGUUCCUCUAGUCCAGGCACCGGUCUUCAUGUCUUUCUUCAUUGGGCUGAGGAAAAUGGCAUACCUCCCUGUGCCCAGCCUGCAGACAGGAGGCGCGCUCUGGUUCUCAGACCUGACGGUGGCAGAUCCUUUCUACAUCCUGCCUCUGGCCGUCACUGGAACCAUGUUUCUCAUCCUGGAGCUGGGGGCGGAGUCUGGUGUUGAUAAUCCUAAUCUGCGCGGUUUGAGGACUGUGUUCAGAAUUAUGCCUUUUGUCAUUCUCCCUCUAACCAUCAGCUUCCCCACGGCUGUUUUUACCUACUGGUUAACAUCUAAUUGCUUCUCGCUGGGCCAAGUCACCCUGCUCAAACACCCCUGGGUCAGAAAGAAACUCAAGAUCCCAUUGAUGGUGGCCCACCCCGCCUCCUCUCUGCCCCAGAAUGAAGGUUUCAUCGCAAACAUCAAGAAAGGCUGGAAAAACGCUGAACUGGCCCAGCAGCUGGAAGAGCGAGAGCGGAGAAUCAAGAACCACUUGGACAUCGCUGCCAGAGGUCCACUCAGGCAGACGUUUGCCCACAAUCCCAUGCAGCAGACCCCAGCCGCGGCCACAACGACACCAACACACAAAGGCGAGGUGAAGCUUAUAGGAGACGUUAGUUCACAAACCUUGUGGAAGAAGCAGAUCAGUGACGUGCGGCUUCAUGAAAGAGUGACUGACUGCACAGGAAGGACAAUAAAGGUGAUUAAAUGA